AUGUCUUCUGUAAGCAAAGAGCAGAAGCUGUUGGAUCUGAUAGAGAAGAGCGGGUAUAACAUCGUGCAGGAGAACGGCCAGAGAGUGUUCGGUCCGCCGCCCGAUUGGCCACAGAGUCGACCGCCGCCUCAGAAGGGAUGUGAGGUCUUUGUGGGCAAAAUCCCACGCGACUGCUAUGAGGAUGAGUUGGUGCCACUCCUCACCCAAAUCGGACCCAUCUAUCAGUUGCGGCUUAUGAUGGACUUCAGCGGAACCAACAGAGGCUACGCGUUCGCCACGUAUACCAACCAAACCGAUGCCAACAAAGCCAUCAAAGAGCUGAACAACUGUGAGAUCAGAGCCAACAAACGCAUCGGAGUCGUCAAGAGUCUCGACAACUGUCGCCUAUUCAUCGGUAAUAUCCCUCUCAACAGAACCCGAAUGGAUGUCAUCGAAGAGCUCUCCAACGAGACAGAAGGAGUGGUGAAUGCAAUCGUUUACAACAAUUACAAUAAACUCGAUAAACAGUACAGAAAUCGCGGCUUUGCUUUCGUGGAGUACAAGACUCAUCGCGUCGACUGGGCUGUCCCGGAGCCUAAUCUCGACGAUGAGAUCAUGUCUAAGGUUCAGGUUCUGUUUGUGCGGCAUUUGAGCGCCGAUUGCACUGAAGAUAUGAUUAAAAACAUAUUUGCGUUGAAAAGUCCGCCGAAAAUAAACGUCCAGAAAGUGAAGAAACUCAAGAACUAUGCGUUCGUUCACUACUUCAAUCGCGAGGACGCAGAGCUGGCCCUUCAGACUCUGUCCAGUAUUUCAAACAAAUAA